AAAAGGGGAGAACUGAUAUUUCUUGGGCUAGGGAAGGUACACCAAAAGUCUCAAAAACAAAAUGUUGAAGUGGUUCGUGCUGUUGGCCAUCCUGGUCCUGGUUAGUGCCGAAGUUCACAAGGUCAAGAUUCACAAGAGGGAGCACAAGAAGUCCCAUUUGGCCCGCAAGAUUGCCGUUCACAUACUGAAGCACAAGGUGCACCAGAUCAUCCGUCACCAUCUCCGCGAUCUCGUCAUCUACGACGAUGGAGCACCGGUUUAUGUCCAGCCCGACUAUGACUAUCCCAGCCAGGAUACGGACUACACAUCUGAGGAGCUGGGCAACUCGAUGAACAUGUAUUACUACGGCGAGAUCAGCAUUGGCACUCCCCCGCAGUACUUCAAUGUGGUCUUCGACACGGGCUCUGCCAACCUCUGGAUCCCCUCGGCCCAGUGCCUGGCCAGCGAUGUGGCCUGCCAGCAGCACGACCAGUACAACUCCAGUGCCUCCUCCACCUAUGUGGCCAGUGGCCAGAACUUUUCCAUCCAGUACGGAACCGGCAGCGUGACUGGCUACCUUGCCACAGACACCGUGACCAUCAAUGGCCUGGCCAUCGCCAGUCAAACCUUCGGAGAGGCCGUCUCGCAGCCGGGCAACAGCUUCACUGAUGUCGCCUUCGACGGUAUUCUGGGCAUGGGAUUCCAGCAGAUUGCCGAGGAUAAUGUGGUGCCACCCUUCUACAAUCUCUACACCCAGGGACUGAUCGAUGCUCCUGUUUUCGGCUUCUACCUGGGCAGGAAUGGCACCGCCGAGGAUGGCGGCCAGUUGACGCUGGGCGGUACCGAUCAGAGCCUGAUCUCCGGUGAGAUGACCUACACCCCAGUCACCCAGCAGGGCUACUGGCAGUUCAGUGUGAACAACAUCACCUGGAACGGCACCGUGGUGUCCAGUGGAGUCCAGGCCAUCGCCGAUACUGGCACCUCUCUGAUUGCCUGCCCGCCGGCUGCCUAUGCCCAGAUCAACCAGCUGAUUGGCGCCGUUCUCAUCCAGGGAGACUACUAUGUACCGUGCGCCACUGUGGACUCCCUGCCGGUGCUGACCUUCAACAUUGGCGGCACCAACUUCGACCUGCCUCCCUCCGUGUACAUCCAGACCUACACGGAUGGCAACUACAACACCUGCAUGUCCACCUUCACCUACAUCGGCACCGAUUUCUGGAUCCUGGGCGAUGUCUUCCUGGGCCAGUAUUACACCGAGUUCGAUUUUGGCCAGAAUCGCGUGGGUUUCGCAAAUCUGGCUUAAGGUCUUAAGAUGUGAACAAACGAACGAGAGUAAUGGGAAAAAUAUAGGUUAUAAAAAUAGAAAAAAAAGAAGAAUAUUAAAAGAGAAUAUAUGCAUGGAAA